CCCUCCACGCCUCCCAGCCUCCAGAAUAGGCCUUAGGGCCCCUAACUCUGCGGUUGGUCCCUGUGCGCGCCUCGGUUCCACGAACCACAAACUGGGCGGGCUUGGCCUGAGAACUGGGACAGGUCCCCAGAAUCUGGGCACCGGAGACGGCCUCUGAGGCCUGAGGCGGUGUCCGGGCCUCCCCCGCAACGCCCAGCGGUGCGCUCCAGCAGAUCAGGGCGCCCCCGGAGUGUUGGCAGUUGCGCGGGUCAGAGCCAGGCCAGAAGAGGGGACCUCGGAGGGGGCGAGGGGCCCGUGUAACGAAUAGAGGAGAAUCAGGGGCCAGGCUGAGCGCUCAGCGGACCGUGCUGAAUUCAAAGACAAGAGCAAAUCCUUACGGAGUGCCUAGUGGGUGCCACCGACGUGCCAGGGCUGGGAAUGCAGCCGGGGCCCUGGCCGCAGAGUUCGCUGCCCGGACGCUUAGACGACUAGGAACCGCGUAAACAGAAAAUACUGGUCAUUCCUGUCCGUGCUAAGUGCGGGGAAGACAAAGCACCAGGGAGAUGGGGAUGUGGUCCAGGCUGAAUGAGUGGCUGUGGUGGGAGAGGCUCUGGCUACCGCCCAACUACUCAUGGACCCAACUGGAGGACCGGGAUGGAGUGGUCUACGCCCACCCCCGGGACAUGCUGGCGGCCCUGCCCCUGGCGCUGGCCCUGGUUGCCAUGCGCUUCACCUUCGAGAGACUUGUUGGCCGGCCCCUGAGCAGGUGGCUGGGUGUACAGGAUCAGGCCAGGAGGCUGGUGAAACCGAACGCCACACUGGAGAAGCACUUCCUCAUGGAAAGGGGGCGACCCAAGGAGACUCAGAUGGCUGUCCUGGCCGCCCAGUGUGGCCUCACGCUGCGGCAGACCCAACGCUGGUUCCGGAGACGCCGGAACCAGGAACGGCCCUGCCUGACCAAGAAAUUCUGUGAGGCCAGCUGGAGGUUUGUCUUCUAUUUGUGCUCCUUCUUCGGUGGCCUCUCGGUCCUCUACCACGAGUCAUGGCUGUGGAGGCCGGUGAUGUGCUGGGACAAUUACCCAAUCCAGCCCCUGAAGCCGGCCCUGUACUAUUGGUACCUCUUCGAGCUGAGUUUCUACAUCUCCCUGCUGGUCACGCUGCCCUUUGACAUCAGGCGCAAGGAUUUCAAGGAGCAGGUGGCACACCACUUUGUGACCAUCACCCUCGUCACCUUCUCCUACAGCGCGAACCUGCUGCGCAUUGGCUCUCUGGUGCUGCUGCUACAUGACUCAGCUGACUUCCUGUUGGAGGCCUGUAAGAUGUUUAACUAUGCGCGCCAGCAGCAGGUGUGCAACUCUCUCUUCAUCGUCUUCUCCUUGGUCUUCUUCUACACACGACUUGUGCUCUUCCCCACCCAGAUCCUGUACACCACAUACUUCGAGUCCGUCCUCAGCUGGGACCCCUUCUUCGGCUAUUAUUUCUUCAACUCCCUCCUGCUGCUGCUGCAGUUGCUACACGUGUUCUGGUCCUGCCUCAUCCUUCGCAUGAUCCACAGCUUCACGAAGAAAGGCCAGAUGGAGAAGGACAUUCGCAGUGAUGCGGAGGAGUCAGACUCGAGCGAAGGGGAGGCGGCCCAGGAGCGUCCGCAGCUGAAGAACGGGACGGCCCCCACUGAUGGCCCUCGGAGCCGGGCAGCUGUGUGGCUGGCCAACGGGCACAAGUCAACCACGUAGCUGGCCAAGGACUGGCUGUGAGGAGCUGCCCCCAGUGCCUUGGAUUUCUGGGGCAGCUGGGCCAGCGGCCUUUGGGCCAGCUGUGGAGAUAGGGAGGGCCCCAGCCCCUGAGGGUGGGGGGGGGGGCUGAUGACCUGUCUCCAGCCCCUUCCUUCCAUCUACGUUCCCUCCUUCCCUUGGGCCACAGGACAGCGCUGGGGCGGUGGGCAGCAGCAGGGUGCUACAGCCCACCAGAGCCACCUCCAGGCUGCAGCCUGGGGACUACAAAGAGCCCCAGGCUGAAAGGGGCCCAAUAAAACUUGAAUGGAGCCAAAUUC